CGCGUGCGGGGGGGGCGGCGCUCCCGGGGCCCGGUGGCCGCUCCCUGCCCUGCCCGGCCCGGGGCGGAGGGACAGAGGGACCGGAGGGAGCGGAGGGACGGGCAGGACGGUCCCCGGCUGCACGGGCCCGGCGCGGCCGCGCUCGGAUUAUGAGGGAGCCAUGAGCCCGCUGCGGGGCUGGCUGCUGGCCGCGCUGCUCUCGCUCACCCCGCGGGCAGGUCCCGCGGUGCAGGCUGGCUGGCUGCAGCGGAGGCUCCCCCGGGCCGGAUGGCAGGACGGGCAGGUGGUGUCCCAGAUCACCCACCCCAGCAGGCUGGUGGGGCAGAGCUCGGGAGGAGAGGUCCAGAAGCAUCACCUGGACACCAGGGUCAGAAAUGAUCCUGGAGGAGGAAGAGGAGGAGGAGGAAGAGGCUCUGGGCUGCACCUGGCACGGGUGAGCUUCGUGGUGCACGCCUUCGGCUCCGCCUUCACCCUCGACCUCCGGCUGAACCACCACCUCCUUGCAUCCCACUACGAGGAGCGGCACAUUGGCACGGGCAGCAACAGCAGUCACAGCACGGGUGCAGGGGAGCACUGCUACUACCAGGGCCGGAUCCGGGGGCAGCCUCGCUCCUUCGUGGCUCUCUCCAGCUGCCAGGGCCUGCGGGGAGUCUUCUCGGACGGCCGAGCCACCUACCUGAUCGAGCCCCGGGUGGGCACGGAGCGCAGGCAGGGCCUUCGACCGCACAUCGUCCAGCGUGUCCCCAGCUGCACCCAGCCGGGCUGCCUCCUCCCCGCACUGAGCCAGGACCUCGCGGGCGGAUUACCUAAGCUGCGGCGGCGGCGGCAGGUUCGCCGAGCCCAGCACACAGUGCACAGCGAGACCAAGUACAUCGAGCUGGCCGUGGUGAACGACCAUCAGCUGUUCCUGCAGCUCCGCAAGUCUGUGGUUCUCACCAGCAACUUCGCCAAGUCUGUGGUCAACCUGGCAGACAUGAUCUACAAGGAGCAGCUCAACACCCGCAUCGUGCUGGUGGCCAUGGAGACCUGGGCCCUGGAGGACCGGAUCCGGGUGGGGCAAGACUCGCUGGAGACGCUGAGCGAGUUCGUGAAGUACCGUCGGGAGGGCGCGGCGGAGCACAGCGACACCGUCCACCUCUUCUCGGGUCGGACGUUUCAGAGCAGCCGCAGCGGCACCGCCUUCGUAGGGGGCAUCUGCUCGCCCACCCGUGCCGGGGGUGUCAACGAGUACGGCAAUGUGGCAGCCAUGGCGGUGACGCUGGCACAGACGCUGGGGCAGAACGUGGGCAUGAUGUGGAACAAGCACCGGGCGGCUGCAGGGGACUGUCGCUGUCCGGACUCCUGGCUGGGCUGUAUCAUGGAGGACACAGGGUACUACCUGCCGCGGAAGUUCUCACGCUGCAGCAUCGAUGAGUACAACCAGUUCCUGCAGGACGGCGGCGGCAGCUGCCUCUUCAACAAGCCCCUCAAGCUCCUGGACCCUCCGGAGUGCGGCAAUGGCUUCGUGGAGGCUGGAGAGGAGUGCGACUGCGGCUCGCUGGCGGAGUGUGCCAAGAGCGGGGGCAACUGCUGCAAGAAGUGCACGCUGACCCACGAUGCCAUGUGCAGCGAUGGGCUCUGCUGCAAGGGCUGCAAGUACGAGCCCCGAGGUGUGUCCUGCCGGGAGGCGGUGAACGAGUGCGACAUCCCCGAGAGCUGCACCGGAGACUCCAGCCAGUGUCCUCCCAACCUCCACAAGCUGGAUGGCUACUUCUGUGAAAACGAGCAGGGGCGCUGCUACGGUGGGCGCUGCAAGACCAGAGACCGGCAGUGCAACGCGCUCUGGGGCCGUGGCUCGGCUGAGCGCUUCUGCUACGAGAAGCUCAAUGUGGAGGGGACCGAGAGAGGCAACUGCGGGCGUGAGGGCCUGGGCUGGCUGCAAUGCAACAAGCAGGACGUCCUCUGCGGCUUCCUCCUCUGCGCCAACAUCUCGGGGGCGCCUCGGCUGGGCGAGCUGAGCGGCGAGAUCGCCACCACCACCUUCUACCACCAGAACCGCUACGUGGACUGCAGGGGAGGCCACGUGCAGCUGGUGGACGGCUCGGACCUGAGCUACGUGGAGGACGGGACGCCCUGCGGGCCCGGCAUGCUGUGUCUCGACCACAAAUGCCUUCCAGCCACGGCCUUUAACUUCAGCUCCUGCCCCGGCAGCUGGGACGGGAAGAUCUGCUUCGACCACGGGGUGUGCAGCAACGAGGGGAAGUGCAUCUGCCGCAGCGAGUGGACGGGGAAGGACUGCAGCGUCUACGAUCCCAUCCCCGAGCCGAAGCCGACGGGGGAGACCGAGCGAUACAAGGGAACAUCCGCCGAGGAAGGUCCGGGGGAUCCUGAGCGGAGCCGCUCUGCCCCAACCCCCCCCCCAGAGUGCCCGGCCGAGGAGGAGAGCGGGGGGGAGGGAGGCACUCAGGACCCCUCCCCUCCCCGACCCUCACCACACCUUCACGAAUGUAGGGGCCCCCUCCGGCCCCCGCCCUGGGGCUGGUGGCACUCCCGGCACCACGAUGAAUGUACCCGCGGGGGCAGGCAGGGAUCCCCCAUGCCCACAGCCCCCCCUCUGCCCCCCAUCAGCAUCUUCCAGCUUUGGGACCUGGGACUCCCACAGGGCAGGCAGCGUGCCCCAGUGUCAGGCCAGUAUAGCCCAGUACCAGGCCAACAGCCCACGCCAGUGCAGAGCCUGGGACUCAUGUGCCCCCCAUCCCAGAUGCCAGCUCUGGUGUGGGGGCCAUGGAGGCCAGAUCUGCACCCCAAGAUGUGUCCCCUCAUUCCAAAGCACCUCUGCAGUCCCCCAAGUGGGGUAUGUUGCCCUCCCCCCCAAACCCUCUCCACCCCCAAAUGUCAUGGCUGCGCAUCCCAGCCAUGGCAUUCCAAGCGCAUGGCACCCAGGGGUGCCAGGCUCUCCCUUGAAGGCAGGGAUUGUCUCCUGUCCUGGUCCCCUCCCUUCCCCAACUCAGGCAGGUGAACCCCAAACUGAUGGCACUCAGGCAGGAGGGGCAGCAGGUGACAGCAGGGCUUACCCUGGGGGGCUGGGGGUAGAGGGUGAGCCCUGGGCUGGUGGCACAUGGGGUGGCAGAUGUCACCUCAGCUCCAUUGCAGGCUGGUGGCACCUGUCCUGCAGGCUGGGUGGGGGGACAGCACCUGCUGGAUGUCCCUUGUCCUCAGGGCAGGUGAGUGGGGUGCAUUGUCCCAUCCCCAUGGCACAUGUCACCCUGCAUGGGGUGGCUCCAUAGGGCCACCCAACCCCCAGCACCCACAGAGCACUGGGGACCCACACUGGUCCCUUCAACCACUGGUGACACUCAGCACUGGGGGGAGGGACACUCAACCCCCCCUAGUGACACUCAGUGUGUGUGUGUGUGGGCACUCCUGGUGACCCUCGAUGGGAGGACCACAUUGGAGGACACCCCCAUGCCCAUAGUGGUGUGGGCAUGGCUCCUUCACAUCCUCCCCUGCCCACUACUGGCCCUUUGCCACGGUGGCAGAAGGGCACCGACUGUGUCCCCAAGCCCAGCCAUGGCCCCAGUGUUGUGUGGCAGCCCAGCUGGGUGCCUGCAGCACCCAUGGGUGCCUUGGCUGUGCUGGCACUGGACAGGGCGCAGGGCACUGCCGUGCCAGGGCGUUGGGAAGGGGGCGGCUGGACGCCCCCAGGCUUGAGUUCGGUGGCGACUCCUCGCGGGACACAUCAGCGAUGGGCUGCGGGACGCCCGGGCCGGGAGCCACCGCGGGAACCAGUGCCCCCACCUCUGCCAUCUGCCGCCGCCGUGUCCCCGCAGCUGGCACGGCCACAGCGCCGCUGCCGCCGGGGCUGGGACACGAACACGGAGACAAACAGGGGAGUUUUUCUUACCGAUUUUAACGCCGCGAGGUCGGGCGGAGCCGCCGGGGAGGGGGCCCGGGGGGGCGCACCCGGUGCUUCCAGAGCCACGAGAGCAAAACGCCCCCAGCCCCUGCCCGCAGCAGGCCGAGCCGCGUCCCGGCAGGCGGCGGGGGCCAAGCACACCGGGGCGGUGGCACCGCCCGCACCUCACCGCCGCCGCCGCACUGCCAUCCCGCACCACUCCGCUCCGCGCUACGUCCGCAGCCGGGGCCGGGGGGGGUCCGAGGUUGUACCGAACGACCCCUCCCCCCCCCCCCCCCCCCCCCGGACGCCCCCCGCCUCGCGCUCCCGCUUUGCACGCGCUGGGGAGCCGCCGCCGCCGCCGGGGCCGCUGCCGCCGCCGGGGAUGCUCCGCGCCCGGCCCCGGCCCCGGCCCCGGCAGAGCUCCUGCAAUGCCGCAGAGUUUAUUUACAAUAAAGAGUUGGAAAACGGA